UGGCAAGUUGAGACGGGCAGGUCAGAGUGGGCGGGGCCAACAGAAAGGAACCUGUUCCAGUGAUCCUGGACUCCCCCUAUAGAACACAGAACCAGCCUGAAAAGAACACAGAACCAACACGGCCAUGCUGUCUAUUUGCACUUCUCCGUGGACUGCCAUGACAGGGAGCUGAUGAUCAACCUUGACCUGUCACCUGUCCGUCGAGCCGAGGAGCGUUAUCACCAUGGCAACGACAUCCGCCGCACUUGGGAGAGGUUUGGGUCUGGUCCUGGUGGAGUUUCAGUACGAGUACCAGGGUCGGGACGGCUCGCUGAUCUCCAUAAAACCCAAUGAGCGCUAUAUCUUGCUUGCUAAGACCAACGACCACUGGUGGCAGGUCCGACGUGACCGCGCCUCCAAGCCCUUCUACAUCCCGGCAAAGUACGUCAAAGAGCUGCCGCUGGUCUUUCCCUCACCUCUCGACUUUGCUGAUCCACCCACUUCUGAACCGGCACCGGUUCCUGCUGCGGUGCCGGUUGCUGUGCCUGUUCCUGUUCCUGUUCCAAAGGCUCUUGAGGAGCCUGCCGGGACAAGAACCAAACCCGCUGACGAGGUGAUGAUCCGGCUCAAACCCGAGGCUUCCAGUAGGUACCGGAAGACUGAAAACCGCAUGUCCACCUUUGGCGUCCCACUGGACUCCCAGGAACCCUCAUUGCUGAUCGCUGCAGGACCACGACAUCCCAGCAUCCCUCUUGGUCCAGAGACCGGUCCUGAGACUCUCAGCAAAAAGACACUCGACGACCAGAGAGACUCUGAGAAAUCCCCAGUUCCAAGUUUCAGUUUAGGUGACCCCUCUUUCCCAAGCCGACCCCACGUGCAACCCAUCGCCGUGGAGACGCCGGUGGUCCCCAAGCUCGACGUUCAGCAUGCAGAAGACCAGGAGGACUCCAUGGAGGAGGAGAAAGAAGACGAGGAGGAGGAAGUGGUCCCAGAGGAGUUCAACGAGUCAGAGAGCGACGAUGAGGACGAUCCCCCCAAAGAGGAAGGUUCUAACCAUAUCUAUGAGUCCAUCCAGGACCUCAACCUGGACCUGGCCACCUUGACUAGACCAGCAGAGAGUACUGGACCUCCUGUGCCCACCAAAGAGGCCUCGAGCCCGCCCAUCUACGUUGGCAUCUCAGCUGUCAAGGGGAGCGCCGACACUGACCCCGCCCCUCCGGAGCUGCCCGACUCUCCCCUGUCCACCGCAGGCCAAGUCCCGUCCCCCUCGGCGACCCCGGUCCCUGACACGACCACCCCCCCACCGCCCGUCAGGACACAAGAUGGAUGGCAGGUCCACACGGACCAGGAAAGCGGGAAGGUGUUUUACUUCCAUCCCGUUACCCUACAGACCACCUGGUCUGACCCACGUGAGCCCUGCCCCCCCUCGCCUGCGGACUCGGACCCACCUGGGGGGCUGCUGUCCCCUCUCUCUCCUCAGGAACUCUGGGAGCAGCUCCUCGACCAAACGUCAGGAAGGUUCUACUACUACAACCCCACCUCAGGGGCCACAUCCUGGACCGCACCCCCGACGCUCUCCCCCCUCAGCUCCAGUGACGACGGCCCGCCUCCCCUUCCAGAAGAGGAUUAUCCUGUGGACGCACACAACGACAUCGUGUUUCCUAUGCAUCUCCAAAAACAUGUGAUUCCCAGAGCUCACCUGGACCUGGCGGAUGGGGUCCGCUUGCCGUUGAGGAUGAGGAAUGGCGUGGAGGACCGAGGCUGGAGACACAGUGUGGCUGAGGACAUGCUCGUAUCUCGCCAUCUGAGGAACUUCUCUGAAACCACUGACACCAGGAGAGACUUUCCCGAAAGUUUGCAGCUCUCUGAUAGGUUCACACGGAGAAGGAAUCUGUCCAAUCGCAGCACAGACUCCCAGCAGGGACACAUGCUGGAGAAAGCGGGAAUCCUCAACAAGACCAAAGUGAUCGAUAACGGCAAGAAGAUCCGGAAGAACUGGAGUCAGUCGUGGACCGUCCUCCAUGGAGGGAUCCUCACCUUUCACAGGGACCCCAAGUCUGCCCCCAGCGGAAACAUGUCCAAGGCGUCACAGAUUGUUCCGGAAUACACGGUGGAGCUGAGAGGAGCUUGGAUCGGCUGGGCCUCCAAGGACAAGUCCUCGAAGAAGAACGUGCUGGAGCUAAGGACUCGUCAAGGCUGUGAGUACCUGAUGCAAUACGACACUGAGAGCAUCAUCACCGACUGGUUGAAAGUCAUACAAGACACCGUCAGACAGCUGGAACAGGAGCACUUGUCAGACGACGAGGAUGACGCGUCCUCGGACAGAGAGGACAAAGAGCGCAAGAGGAUGACCUCCAGGAGCGCGUUGGCAGUCGACUCGGAGCAGACGCGCGUUCGCACCAAACUUCGGCGCUUCCUCCAGCGCAGACCAACGCUGCAGAGCGUGAAGGAGAAAGGCUACAUACGAGAUAACGUGUUCGGCUGCCAUCUUGACACACUGUGGCACAGGGAAAACGCCACCCCACCUAAAUUUAUGGAGAAGUGCAUCAGAGCGGUGGACAGGAGAGGCCUUCAUGUGGACGGGAUCUACCGAGUGAGCGGAAACCUUGCUGUGAUCCAGAAGCUGCGACACAAAGCAGAUCAUGAGGAGCACCUGGACCUGGAGGACGGCCAGUGGGAGGACAUCCACGUCAUCACCGGCGCACUCAAGCUCUUCCUCAGGGAGCUUCCUGAGCCGCUCUUCCCCUUCAGCUUCUUCGACAAGUUCAUCGCCGCCAUCCAAGUUCCAGACUACGACUUGAGGGUGUCCUACAUGAAGGAUCUGGUGGCCGCCCUGCCAGUUCCCAACCACGACACCAUGGAACUGCUCUUCAAACACCUGCGCAGGGUGAUCGAGCACAAGGAGUCCAACAGGAUGUCGGUGCAGAGCGUCGCUAUCGUGUUCGGACCCACGUUGCUCCGCCCCCAGACUGAGUCGGCCAACAUGACGAUCCACAUGGUCUUCCAGAGCCAGAUAGUGGAGCUGAUGCUCAACGAGUUCCACGUCGUCUUCGUGCAAAGGUAGCGCAGGCAGGCGCGGCUCCUGUGGAACCUUCCAGAACCCUCCAAGAACACUGUGACAGGUGUUCCCACGAGCGGACGCAGUCGGAAUCCCUGCAAGUUCUAAGCUGGAGCCACUGGGAACACUGGCGUGCUUAUGACACUCGAUCAAAGUGACUCGGCUUCAUCUUUAGGACACAUCCUUCUAGAGCCUCCAAAAUAUCACUAGGUGGAACCAUUGAGGACCCUGGACCGGAUGCGAUCUUCAAGUGCACCUUAUGAACAUGAGAACCUCAAAGAACCACUGGAGCAAACACGCUCUGCCUCUCCGCUAGAAAAGUUUGAGGAAGAGGAAGCGGUCGUAUGAUAUAGACGUAAAUAAUGACGUUAGUAUUCUUACUGAUAAUUUUCAUUCAUUGGGAAAUGACAAGAUUCUGGAGGGACAAAACAACAUUAAAAGUUGUUGAAAAUAAAGAUUUUAUUCCAUUUCAAA